GAUCAUUAUUAAAAUCAGUAUUUCGUGAACCAACGUACUAAGAAGUAUUUUUAAGCACAUGCUAAAAUGUUUAGAUUUGUAAUAACAUGUUUUAUAAGCAUUACUAUAUAUAUAGGUUCGAAAGGUGGUGGUAACGCCCAUGGUUCUAAUACGUUUGAUGUGGAAACAAAUCGCCAGAAAUGUAAUGGCGAGGAACAAAUGAAGUGUUGGUCGGGUCAGUGUGUUAGCAUAACUGUUAAAUGUAAUGGUAUAAAAGAUUGUGAAGAUGGAAGUGAUGAACAGUCUUCCUUGUGUGAGACAAUGUUGUGUGGUGAUAAACAGUUUCAAUGUCAUUACGGAGCGUGCAUUCCUAUCGAAGCCAAAUGUAAUGGAACUCAGGAAUGCUGGGAUGGUACGGAUGAGAAUGAGAAACUUUGUAGAUACGAAAUCGAUAUCACAUCAAUACAAACAACGGUUGGAACCAUUACUAGAGACACAACAAUAUUACCACCGACUAAAAUUGCAACAAAAUGGCCACAAACAGUUGGGAAUCAGUACAACAUCUCAACAACAACAAUACUACCACCAAAUAAAGUGACAACAAAACGUCAACAAACAGUCUUCAAUAGAUAUAAAACACAUGCUACUACAACCACCAAACCCAUCAAAGAGUGUGUUUUACGCAAUUGUGAUUAUCCACUCUUUUGUAAGAUUUCAAUACCAGGAUCCCGCAACUCUAAUGCAAUUCAUUAUCAGAGACGAUUAUCUCUUAUAGAGGGAUCACAAGUGAUUUUCAAUUGUGCCGAAGGUUAUUAUUUAGUAGGUGCAAAUCGUUUAACAUGCACACCGAGAGGAUGGAGCCACAGCAGUCCAAGUUGCAAACCCUACUGUGACGCAGACUUCAUACAUAACUGCAGACCACCACUCAAAUGUUUAUUUGAACAGCCCAAUAGUAGAUCAAAAAUCUUCAUAACAAAAGAGUUUACACAAAGAGUUAGAGAACAUUCCCAAAUUAGUUUUGCCUGCGAUGAGGGUUAUCUGCUUGAAGGUCCGACAAUGAGGAAAUGUACAGCAAGAGGGUGGUCAAAUGAGAUACCUAGAUGUGUUAAUCAUUGCGAUAUAUCCGAUCUGGGAAAUCCCAGUUCACCGCUCAAAUACAAUGUGUUCGAUUCAAAUAUACAAAGUUUGGAGGGCUAUCAAUAUUCCACAUGGAAUAAGAUGAUCAAAGAAAGCUCUUACUUUGAAUUUACCUGCGAAGAUGGAUAUAAACUGGAUGGCGAGAAUCGUUCAACCUGUAUGAAUAAUGGCUGGAGUAGUGCUGCACCUACUUGCACUCCCUUGUGUGAUCUAAGUCUGGUUAGUCCGUGCACAGCGCCAUUACUCUGUCGACACAAUCACAAAACAUCUUUCCUUAACUUUGGAAACAGGGCUGACGUGGUGCUUCCAGGGGUACAUGUAGACUAUAGUUGUGAAGAUGGUUAUGAACUGGAUGGGGCAAUGUUCAUAACAUGUACGAACAAUGGAUGGAGUAAUAGGAUUCCUACUUGCAAGGAAACUGUUUGUGAUGUUAGUAUAUUUGCGGACUGCACUUAUCCGUUAAAGUGUAAGAUAUAUGAUCGAACGCUACGAAAGUAUAAGAGUAUCUACAGAAGAGACAUCCCGGAAUUAUCAAAUAACGAAAAUUUAUAUGUAAAUUGUGAAGAUGGCUACACUCUGCAAGGCUCACAAUAUUUAGCCUGCAGGGGAAGAGAGAAAAUCUCUAAAACUUGUGAGCAGGAGAUAUUAGAUAACUGCAUUUAUCCAAUGAUUUGUGAGAGAUUCGAGUCAGAGUUCAGUGAUUUUAUAAAAGUAAAGUUUAGUUGUGAAAAUGGUUAUAUGUUGGAUGGCGGAAACUCUUUAACUUGCACAGAUGGCAAAUGGGAUCACAAUCUGCCCAAAUGUAUUGUAGCACAUUCUUGCAGCGGUCAUCUCAUACCCAUCUGUGAACACCCUCUUAUUUGCACGCUUUUCGACGCAAAGUCAAAAUCCAAGCAGAAGAUAAUUAAUAAUAAUAUUAUUCAGUCCACAAAUUAUACUCUAGAUACGCAAAUUAUUUUCAGUUGUGGAUACGGUUACAAAUUAAAAGGCGCGGAACAAACCACUUGUGAUUCGAAUGGUUGGAGUCAUGAGCAAAGUCUGAAACUACCGCAAUGCACAAAGCUGAUGAGUAGUACUUCAGCACUAAUAGCGUUACCAAUUGAAAAGAAGUGUCAAAUACCCGCUAAUCUUAGCGACAUAAUAAUCACGAAAACCAACUUUAGGACGAAUAUCGACGUCGGUUCCAGUGUGUCAACAAAUACGUUGGUUACAUUUGCAUGUCAACCUGGCUACCAGUUAGACGGAGACGAAAUGUUGCUCUGUACAGACGAUGGUUGGAACAAAAAGGUGCCAGUUUGUUACAGUCGCAACUAUUGCGAUGCACGGGUGCUGAAUGAAGAUAAAUCGAUCACAGCGUCUUGUUUAUUUGAAAGUGCGCCAGUAGCUUGUGAAAAAAUCAAACCAAACACCAUUGCUGUAAUCAAGUGUGCGAUAGGAUAUCAGCAAAAAAAUGUCCAUCAAAAAACAAUUUUAAGCUGUACAAACGAGUAUAAGUGGAGUCGCCCGAUAACACCCUGCGAAAUAAAAUGUGGAGAGCUGCAACAAUAUUCGACACCGUUUGCACGUAACGGUAUAGAGAUUCAAAUUAGUGAGGUUCCGUGGCAUGUGGGCAUUUAUAGUAACUUAAAUAAAAGGGAUUUUAAACAUAUUUGUGGCGGAUCCAUAGUUUCUAAUCGUCUUGUUGUAUCAGCCGCCCAUUGUUUUUAUGAUGAAGCCAAUUCAAGUCCGUACGAAAAUAAUUUUUUUAAGGUGUCACCAGCAAAAGUGAAAUACUCGUAUAACGUCUCGGAUGGUGUCGAUGUAACAAAUAUAUAUAUACCCGAAAUAUACAAGGGUUCCGAUGAUAAUUAUUACGGUGAUAUAGCGAUUAUCACCUUACAGCAGCCGUUCAUAUUCAAUCAUUCAGUCAAACCGAUUUGCUUUCAAUAUAUCUUCGGAGAAGCCGCCGCGGUGGAAACUGGCAGAGAUAGUUUCAUAAUCGGAUGGGGUCCCACUGAGAGCAGUCACUAUAAAGACGUCCUUCAGAAAGUGGAAGUAACUACGCUGUCCUAUAACUCCUGCAAUGAAACGUUAAACGGCAAAGCAACGCAACGAUAUGACUUGGCAGUUGAUAAGUUUUGUGUUGUCCGCAAAGGCACCUCAGGCGAGUUAUGUCGAGGCGAUAGCGGUGGAGGUUUCGUCAAAAGUACCAAUGGACAAUAUUAUUUGGUUGGAGUAAUAAGUCAUGCACCAUUGGGCAAUGUCGAUUGCGCGAGAGAUAAUCUUAUAGCGCUGACGAAUGUGCAAUAUUAUGUUAAAAUACGUCAAAGCAUAGAGGAUGAUCAGAUUGAAAAUUAAAACUUACCGGUGUGAAAAUGAAAGUGACAAACUUUGUAC